AUGUGCGAGCGGGCGGCGCGCCUGUGCAGGGCCGGCGCGCACAGGCUGCUCCGGGAGCCGCCGCCGCAGGGCCGGGCGCUGGGCGGGCUGCUGCGCUGGGUGGGCGCCAGGAUGGGCGAGCCCCGGGCGCCGCUGGCCCCCGACGCCCCCGCCGCCCCUUCCGCGGACCCCGGCCCCGGCCCCGCCUCGCCGCGCGGGGGCACCGCCGUCAUCCUGGACAUUUUCCGCCGAGCAGACAAAAAUGAUGAUGGGAAGUUGUCUCUGGAGGAAUUCCAGCUCUUCUUUGCAGAUGGCGUCCUCAAUGAGAAGGAACUGGAGGAUCUCUUCCACACCAUCGACUCUGACAACACCAACCAUGUGGACACCAAGGAGCUGUGUGAUUACUUUGUGGACCACAUGGGGGACUAUGAGGACGUCUUGGCCUCCCUGGAGACCUUGAAUCACUCUGUCCUGAAGGCCAUGGGCUACACCAAGAAGGUGUACGAGGGUGGGAGCAACGUGGACCAGUUUGUGACGCGCUUCCUCCUGAAGGAGACGGCCAAUCAGAUCCACUCGCUGCUGAGCUCCGUGGAGAGCGCAGUGGAGGCCAUCGAAGAGCAGACCAGCCAGAUCCGACAGAACCACAGCGGACCCAGCCACGGCGUGGUGGAGGCCUGGUGUGGAAGCCCCACUCCCCCCUACGCCCCCAACCACAAGCUCAUGGCCACGGAACAAGGGAAGAGUCCUCCAUCUGUCACCGCGGACCCCAAGGAGGAGGGCCUGGAAGCCCAGAUCAGCCGAUUGGCAGAGCUCAUAGGCCGGCUGGAGAACAAGACCCUCUGGUUUGACCUGCAGCAGCGCCUCUCGGAUGAAGAAGGCACCAACAUGCAUCUGCAGCUGGUCCGGCAGGAGAUGGCCGUGUGCCCCGAGCAGCUGAGCGAGUUCCUGGACUCCCUGCGACAGUACCUGCGGGGCACCGCCGGGGCCAAGAACUGCUUCCACAUCGCCGCCGUGAGGCUCUCGGACGGCUUCACCUUCGUGGUCUACGAGUUCUGGGAGACGGAGGAGGAGUGGAAGAGGCAUCUGCAGAGCCCCGUGUGCAAGGCGUUCCGGCACGUCAAGGUGGACACGCUGAGCCAGCCCGAGGCCCUCUCCAGGAUCUCCGUGCCAGCUGCUUGGUGCACUGUGGGCCGCGACUGACCGCCUCCCCGAGGACUGCGGCUAAGCCUGCCGCCCUGACCCUCUUGCAAAGGACGUCCCCUCUUUUCUAGAAACUUUGGUAUACGAGCUGUCUUUUCAAUAUACUUUCAAACAAGAAUGUAUUUCCCCGCUCUCGGAAGUGAAGGAGAACCCUUCCCCAGCAUCCCACACCCCCCACCCUUGGCAGAGCCGCGUCUGAGCCGCUGGGGCCCUGCUGAAGCUGCGGGUCAGCGGGGCCGGGAGGCUUCCUGGAGCCAGCAGCCCACCUCCCCCCUCCCUCUCCCCAGCUGAGUGGCCUCGCGUGACCAGGCGCCGGCCUGCCGCAGCCUCAGCGGGACACGCCCCUCCCUCCCCGUCCUGGGUGACAGUCCUCUACCUGGUAGGAGCCCAGCCCCCGUAGUGCCCAACCCAGGCCUGUGCCGAGCCGCACACGGCAGUAGAGCCCACAUAGCCAGUGCCCUGCCAGGCGACCAGCUGCCGCCGGACAGGCACCAAAUAAACUGUGGU